CGCAAAUCGCAGAUAUCCCCAAUCGCCUCCGACUGACUCUGAGGAUGCAUCACUUCCACAGGGCCGCGACUCGGCUAAUUUCUUCCGCAGCCUCAGCACCGGCUCGAUCGUCAUGGGCGUUUGCGCCUCGCUCGUCUCCUUCCGUUUUUCUCCCUCGGUUGUCGCAGCCUCUGUCUCAAUAUAGGUGGAACAGUAACAAUGCACCAAGCCAGCCGGAGCCCCCGAAGCAGGAGGCCGUGGAGGAGCAGCACAACAGCAAUGAGCAACUAAUAGACGCGACUCUCCAGUACGUCGAAGGCAGCUCUGAGAAAACAGGUGAAAUCGCUACCGAGGCAGAGCAUUUGGCUGCUCAAAAGAAGCCUGACUUGCCGAUCCCAGAGUCUAACAGGGAUAGCGUCAAGGAGCAUCGGCACCAGAAACUCAAGGCGCGUGCAACUGGAACCCUUGAACCGAAAGAAACAGUCUUUGUCGGCAACCUCUUCUACGAUGUGACGGCAAGUGAUCUGAGGAAGCAGAUGGAGAAGUACGGAGUCGUGGAGCGAUUGCAGAUUGUUCAUGAUGACCGUGGAUUUAGUCGCGGAUAUGGUUAUGUUAUGUACGAUACGAUCGAGUCGGCCAGACGCGCCAUCGACGCCAUGAAUUGGCGUGUUUAUGAGGGGCGUUAUGUCGUCGUGCAAUUUGCGCAGACUAACAUGCACCAAUUCAGCAAGCUGAGGCCUGUCUCACGGACAUUAUACAUUGGCAACAUGGCAUUUGAGAUGACCGACCGGGACCUGAACGAGCUCUUUAAGGAUAUCGUCAAUGUGAUGGAUAUCCGCGUGUCUAUUGAUCGUCGGACCGGCAAACCCCGAGGCUUUGCUCAUGCCGAGUUUACUGAUACUCAGGCUUCCCGCAAGGCAUUGGAGAUCCUCAGCAAAAAGGCACCAUAUGGAAGAAAGCUACAUGUAAACUAUGCUGAUGAUGGACGGAGCGUAACGUCAGGUGGCCCUGGGAACAGGGAAUAGACGAACGGCAUGUUUAAUUAUUCAUGCCAUGUACCAUACUUUACUUUGUAGCUAGCAUAAUCAAUCAAUCCAUUCGAC